GAAUGAACCCAAAUGUAUGCAUACUGCUACAAAAACUAAUGGACUUUGAAUGGCUUGCCAGUUAAUUCCAAUGGAAUUGAAAAAGAGACUCUGACAAGAUUUUCAAGCUUGUGGUUCAUUUAAAAGUUUAUCUUCAUAGAUAAGAAAUUUAAAGGUGUCCAACUCCAUCCACCUGCGGCAUCACUUACCAGCUCACUUCUGCAAGUGUCACAAAGGUGUCUGGUGACCACUGCUUUCUCCCAUCUCACACUCAACUAAUGGACUGCUCGCCCCUCCCCUCCUUUUCUCCAUCUCGGACUGGGAGGCAGUGAGAGGAGAAGAGGAGGCAACAGCCCACCGUUCCCCUGGGCCCCGCAACACGGCUCAAUAGCUCAGCUCCUGGAUUGGAUCAUAACCCUGAGUGCUGGCCAAGAGAAGAGCCGCCUCUCCUUACGCCCAGAGUUUCUGCUUCAAUCCCUGUCGCGUCUGACGUGGAGUAGAGAUGUCCCUGGAUACAAACUCACUUGAACUCGUGAUGGCAGCGAGGGGUCACCGUAGGUUACCCCUGGUUGUGGUACUGCUUCUUUUUCUGGUCCCACCAGCCUUGAGCGGAUGCCCAGGUGCCUGCCGAUGUUCCUUUGCCAUGCUGCAGUGCCUGGAGACGGACGGCAUCAUGAGCAUCCCGGCGCUGGCGCCACAGGAAAGCGAAAACGUCACGGAGAUCUACAUAGAGAACCAAGCCAACCUGGAGAAUAUCACAGACACGGACCUCGCCAACUACAGAGACCUAAAGAACCUUACGGUAAUUGAUUGUGGGUUGCUGUAUAUCUCUGAAAACGCCUUUCAGCAUAAUUUCAAGCUGCAGUAUGUAAAUCUGGCCUCCAAUUUACUGAUGCACAUCAGUUGGAGGGUUUUUUAUUCUGUACCUCUGUUGAGUCUAAUCCUGAGGGAUAAUCCUCUGACCUGUUCAUGUGAUAUUUACUGGCUUCAGCAAUGGCACAGAACACGACAGGGCGACAUUGACUCGCAACAAAACUGCGAUUACAAUGGCAACAUCAUUCCACUGGAUUUAUUUGAAAUGGAUAACUGCAGUGUUCCUGAAGUCACAAUUCACAACUCUACAGCGACCACUCAAGAAGGUAAAAAUCUGACAUUCACAUGCCAGGCAACUGGAGUCCCCACACCGGCUAUCAGCUGGAGAACAGAGCAGUUACUGUCUAACUGGACCUUACAGCGAGGAAUCUCGGGUUCAACCCUGGAGCUGGUGCUCCAUAUGUGGAACGUAUCUUCUAAAGAUAACCUGCACAACCUCACCUGUGAAGCGGAGAAUCGAGCUGGUCUGGAAAAAGCUACAGUCCAACUGGACAUUCAAUUUCCAGUACGGAUCUUGUCGCUAAGUAAUCCAGAACCUCAACAUCACUGGUGUGUCCCGUUCAGAGUGGACAGCAAUCCUCCAGCCACUAUCAAAUGGCUGGUCAACAGAGAACCUCUUGUUGAGACUCAGUUCUUCUACACGGAGCUGAUCAGAGACGCGGCAGACGGCUCGGUGCAGCACGGCUGUCUCUUCCUAAACAAGCCCACCCAUCUGAACAACGGCUAUUACACCAUCAUCGUGGAGAACAAAUUGGGGCGGGCCGAGGCCACGGUAUAUGGGGAUUUCAUGACAAAUCCGUUCGGCUCCGCAGAUCCAGAAGGCAUCAUUCUCGUCCAAACAGACAAACCAACAGUGCCAACCAACCAAUCCACAGAUGACGUGACAGAGAAACUGGAAAACAGAGUUUUUGGGGUAUCCGUGGCAGUGGGUCUCGCAGUGUUCACGUGCACAUUUCUGCUUAUCACAGCCAUUGUCAUCAAUAAAUGUGGCCAACACUCCAAGUUUGGCAUCCACCGUUCAUCUGUUUUGGGCACUGAGGAUGAUCUGGCUGUGUCCCUUCGCUUUAUGAAUUUCGGGGUGAGUCCUCCGUCUUCAGAUGAAAGCACGCUGGAUUCUGGAUUGUCCAGUUUUGUGGAGAACCCGCAGUACUUCUGUGGAAUCAUUAAAGAAAAAGACAUGUGUGUCCAGCAUAUUAAAAGAAAAGACAUUGUUUUGAAGUGGGAGCUGGGUGAAGGAGCGUUUGGUAAAGUCUACCUGGCCGAAUGUGCCAAUCUCUGCCCUGAUACUGACAAGAUGCUGGUUGCCAUCAAGACCCUGAAGGUGGCCAAUGAGUCGACCCGGCAAGACUUCCAGCGUGAGGCCGAGCUCCUCACUGUGUUACAGCACGAGCACAUUGUGCGUUUUUACGGCGUGUGCACAGACGGAGAACCUCUGGCCAUGGUUUUUGAGUACAUGAGACACGGAGACCUCAAUCGCUUCCUAAGAGCCCACGGUCCAGAUGCUCGGAUCUUGGAUGAAGUAACAUUUCCUCCAUUGGGACAGCUGACCCUUCCUCAGAUGCUUCAAAUCGCUGCUCAGAUUGCUUCAGGCAUGGUGUAUCUAGCUUCUCUGCACUUUGUACAUAGAGACUUGGCCACCCGAAACUGUUUAGUUGGAGAAGGGCUGGUGGUGAAGAUUGGGGACUUUGGGAUGUCGAGAGACAUUUACAGCACUGACUACUACAGGGUUGGUGGAAGGACAAUGCUGCCUAUUCGUUGGAUGCCACCAGAAAGCAUAAUGUACAGGAAGUUCACCACCGAGAGUGACAUCUGGAGCUUUGGAGUGGUGCUUUGGGAGAUCUUCACUUAUGGCAAACAACCGUGGUAUCAGUUAUCCAACAGUGAGGCAAUCGAAUGCAUCACACAAGGACGAGAGCUCGAACGUCCACGUACCUGUCCAAAAGAAGUGCACCUCCUCAUGCAGGGCUGCUGGCAAAGAGAACCGCAGCAGAGGCUUGUCAUCAAAGACAUCUACAACCGCCUCACGGCCCUUGUCAAGAGCCCACCCGUCUAUCUGGACAUCCUGGAGUAAAGGCAUGCAAGGACGAGCUGAGGAAUACUCGCUUCUGCUGGAAAGUUGGAAGAAGGGGAAAGUCAGAUGGACGGAAUUGGAAAGAACGGUGUCGUACGAACGUUUGUUGAUGUGUAUGUUAAAUCCACUACAAAUUGAAAGAUUGCUUCCAUGUGUUUAAAUCUGAAAAUAUUAUCAUGGGCAAAUAAGCUAAUACUCGAAUUAGUGGAAAUUGUUUGUGGAUCUUCAUGAUAAGCUUCGAAAACACAAAGACAUUGAAGUCAGGGUCUUUCUCUUAUUAGGUAUUAAAGGUGAUCUGUGUACAUCAUUUUUGAGUGUGGAAAUACUUUCCCCAAUCCCAGCUUAAUAUUCAAAGACAACUAUAGUGAUCUGUAGGAUGUUUUAACACUGUGGCGCUACCAAAACAUUGCUCUGUUUAUUUGAGCAGACCCAACACAGCAACACUGGCUCAACCAAUGGGCUUAACCAAUGGAAGACAAGAAAAGCGUUACGUUAUUUUUGUAGUUCUGUUUGGCGAUGCUGGUGGCACCGAAACUACACACUUCACCUUUAACUAAUACAUUCAUUUUCUUAAUACUGCGACCCCGAAAGAACGAUUGUGCCAAGUUGACUGCAUUUCUUUCACGAAUAUAUUACAUCAACCUGUUAUGCGUGGUCUAAACAUGCAUGUAUUGUUGUUGUACAGCAUGCAUGUUUAACAUCAACUUCCUGUUAUGGCUCCUGGGCUUUGCUUUUCUUUCUCAUAUCAAAAGCAUCAACAAGGUCAGCAACAAUAGUGGAGACACAAUGGGCUGUGUACUCUAUGGAAUACUGCAUACUGCACAUUUUACGCCGCAUACUACUUUUAAAUAGUAUGUUAAACAUCAUGCAGUAUGCAAUGUUAACUAUUCUGACAGAACAGUUUUGCAUGUUUAAUUCAGCAAAUGAUAGAUAGAUAUCGAAUAAAAAGUAACUUUGUGUUUGUAAUUCAAUUUUAUAUAAAUAUGUCUCUUGGCAGUCAUUCGACUAAGAAGAAAAUAAAAAACAGAGGCCCAUAUUACUCCUGGAUCGUGCAUUGCACUGAAAAAGCUCAAGUGAAACGCUUUGCAUUGUGGGAUUUAAUAUAUUCCAUGCAGCGUGCUCUGGCUGUACGCCGUUUCAUUUUGGUAAAUAAAUGCUGAGCAGUAUUCUUCCAGCAUGAUAUUGGUGUAAGGGCAGAAAUCAAUGAAAUAUUAAUUGGCUUUUGUUUCUUAUUCUAUUCUUUUAUUAAUUGGUGUUUCACUUUUACAUACUCGUUGUGCCUCAUGUACAUAACCUAGCAAGUAAACUAUUUAAUUUUUUUACAUCUUGAAAUGAUUCCAUACACUGUAAAACUUUAGGAUCACUGGACUGGAUGACUUGAAAUGUUUUUCAUGAUCUUUAAAACAUUUUUUUUUUCCUACAAAAACCUGAAUUAUUCUAUAAUGUGGAAAAACACAAGAAUAAGGCAAUCCUUAAAAUAUUAUUAAGUUAUCCUUAACUUUUAUCCGGUUGUGUAUAUACUGUAUAUAUACAUUAAGAGGCAUCUAAAAUACAUAAUGCCUCUUAUUGUCAUUAAAAAAGUGGUUUAUAGUUUGGAUUCAUUUAUGAAACAGUACAUUUUAAAAGAAUUUCAUUAAAAUGUCAAAUCAGUAACAUCCACAAAUAAGUCUGACAUCUGACAGAGAGCAAAAUUUGUGUCACUGUGCAAAAAAAGUGCUUUUCUUUGUGUUGUGUUGAUGGACAAUCCAAAACAGGUGUAUUAAACUUGAAUUUGUUCAGUCUUUAUUUGUGGUUUGUAUAUGUCAUUGUUAAAUAUUGGCCAUCUCUGAUUAUCAAUGCAUUGGGGUAAUGUUGUCUUCUACUGACUCAAAAACAGCAAAAUGCCAAAGAGCAGAAAUAUAGUGUGAAUCAGAUUCAGAUUAAAUAACAUCACACCAGUGUUCAAUGAUGACAAGCUGAGUGAAACGAGUAGUUUAAGUUUAAUAGUAAGGAAUCAGACACCUCGGUGUCAGAUGUCCAAAACAAAUUGAUGCCACUAUAACCUCAAACUUGGAUUCUCCUACAUGGUGUUUAAUACUCACAAUGCAAGAAAUGAUUUUCAAGAAAAAAUGUCUUGGUAUUUUUGUUUGAAACAAUGAAACAAGCAAAAAAAAAAAUCUGCCAAUGGGGUUAGCACAUUUGUCAAUGUUCAAGAUUUUUUCGCUUAGCCCAUUGUUAGAUUUGUUUGCUUGUUUUAUGCACAAAAUCACUAAAAUGUAAUAUUUUUGUCUAUAAACUAGACUUAUUUUGUUGGGUCGUUUUGCUCAUCAGGAAAAAAACAUUUUAAUUUAAGAAUUUGUAGAUAUUUUUACUGGAAACAAGACAAAAAUACCAAGACAUUUUUUUCUUGAAAAAUUUUUUUUGCAGUGUAUCUGUCUGAAUGAAGACACAUCAACAUCUAUUGCAACUAUCUGAAGAUAAUUAUACUGACUUAAUCCUAAACCUGUCUAAUUGAUUUGAAUUUUUAAAUAAAAAACACCUUAUUUAA